AUGAUGUGUUCAUCAACUUUAGAGGGGGAAGGCACCCUCGAUACCUUCGUUGGCCACCUUUACAGUGCUUUCAGGGUUCGUGGAAUUCAUGCUUUCAUUGACAGCAAAGAUCUGUGGAAAGGAGAAGAUAUUGGGGAGCUUCUCCAAGCAAUAAAAGUCUCAGACCUCUCCAUCGCUGUCUUCUCUGAGAGAUACACAGAGAGUAGUUGGUGCCUCAAGGAGGUUGCUCAGAUGGUAGAAUGCCAAAGGACCAAUGGACAAGUCAUUUUUCCCAUUUUCUUCAAGGUCAAGACAUCGGACGUUCAGAAUCGAACUGGAUGUUUUGAGAUUUCGCCUCACAGACAUUGCAAGGAGGCACCUAAAACUCUGCGAAGAUGGAAGGAAGCUUUGCGAGUGGUAGGAGACAAGAGUGGAUGGGUUUUUCAGGAUGGGAAACCUAGUCACCUAGGAACUCCCUACAUCAUCUUGGUAUCAGAGCCAGGUUUUGUCUGGGUUUAGGGUAAUUAGGUACUGUUGUCCCUUAUUUACAUGUCUUACCUUUUGAGGUCUAGUCUCCGUCACCAUCUGUCCGUGGUCGAGUCUAAGUUAAGAGAGCGAUACCAUAGAUUAGAGGACACCCUUUUCUUUCUUAAGUUGGCGGGACCAAAUAAUAUUGGACGCUAUUCCCUCCAAAAGCAUAUACUUGAG